CCUCUCUCUAACUGAAGCCGGGAGGUUCUGUACUUCGUAUUUUUAUUUUCCGUUUUUUUUCCUCUCCGCUGAUUCCUAUUGGACUCUUUCUUCCGUCCCCUCUCUCGGAACCCUGGCGCAUGGCGUUUCCGAUCGAUCCGCCACCGGCCUAGAGCCCGUUAGGAAAUGGCCGAAUCGCCACCGAAAGCCGGAACCCCCGAUCUCUUCUCAUCGCCGUCUAGGGUUUCGCCAGAUUCGGCCUCUCCUCUCCCGCUGUACUCUCCCACACCGCCGCUGCUGAUUCUCGCGAGCUCUACGACGAGGGAGUGAUCGAUUGGAGUCCGGGAGAGGGGGUCUGGUUUCUGGCGGCGUUCCGACGGGAGCUGCGGCCAUGGCCACCGGGGGAAAGGGGAAUCUCGAGAGGGUCCGGAGGGGCCUUAGGACGGCCUUCUUCAUGCUGACGAUGGUGGCGUCGCUGCUCGUUUCGUCGGCGCCGGUGCUCGUGGCCGUCGGGGACGUGACGGUGUCGCUGGCGCUGGCGUCGAGGUUCGCGUGCGCAAGGUGCUACGGCGUCAAGGACCACAUGGAGAGAUACGGCUUCAAGAGCUCGCUCAUGGAUAUACCUCUCGUUUCCAUCAUCCGAUCUCUUAUAAUCACAUGUGUUUAUUCUUUGUGCGAUGGUCCUGAGCUUUCCCAUGGUCCAUAUCUUGGAAUAGUAACACUCUGUUCCCUAGCUUCGGUGCUCAUCCUGUCGGUUAAGGCUUGUGUUUACACUCCUAUCUCUGAGUUAGAACCUGAACAUUCACCAUCAUUGGCGAGAGAGAGACUGCAUUUAAGAAAAUCAUGGGGGAUGCCUGUUCUUUUCCUUUCUUCAUUGGUCUUUGCACUUGGUCAUGUUGUAGUUGCUUACAGGACAAGCUGCAGAGCACGGCGGAAGCUCUUGUUUCACCGUGUAGAUACAGAAUCAGUCCUCACAUGCAAGAAUAUGUUUUCUGGUUACCAUAAGAUCCCUCGAUCUCCCACACCUUGUGGAAGAAAUUCAAAGAGUGACAGUGAAAUGAAAAGAAAAGCAAUAGUUCGUGAUGGGCGCGACCUUCCGAUCAGUUUUCUUGCAGACAUUGAUAGCUUGUUCAUUGCCUGUCAUGGGCUUACAGUUCAUUAUAAGCUCAGUCUGUUUGACUCACCAAGCUCUUAUUCUUUAACCUCCUCACCCUUCCAUGAAUCUAGUCCUGAUGUGAGCCCACCAAGCCUUUCCUCGGCAGGGCUUAAACUUGAAAGGCCUUUGACAAUUCCAUCUAAAAGCCACCAUCGUCUCAACAGAAGCUUUAGUAACCAAUUCCAAAAUUCGUCUCUGUAUGCACCACUAUUAGCAGAAUCUGCAACUCCGCCUCCAUUCCACUCUGAUGAUAUUCCUGUUCUGAGCCUUGAUGAUGGCAAAAGUGAUGGAUAUUCAUCUAGUUCUGUUAGUCUGGGAACCGGGGUAGAGGAUAGGGGGAAGUUUGCUGUGAUCUUGGUCCAUGGGUUUGGAGGAGGUGUGUUCUCGUGGAGGCAUGUGAUGGGUGUGUUGGCUCAGCAGAUUGGCUGCACAGUUGUGGCUUUUGAUCGGCCUGGGUGGGGAUUAACGUCUCGCCCACGCAGGAAGGAUUGGGAAGACAAGCGAUUACCAAACCCAUACAUGCUAGAAUCCCAGGUUGACCUUCUUAUUUCCUUCUGCUUGGAGCUGGGCUUUUCAUCUGUGAUUUUGGUCGGACAUGAUGAUGGAGGCCUUCUUGCUUUGAAAGCUGCAGAAAAAGCACAUGCCUCUGGUCAAUCUGCCAAUAUUGAAGUCAAGGGAGUCGUACUUGUUAGUGCCAGCUUAUCAAGAGAAGUUGUUCCUGCCUUUGCCCGAAUUCUCUUGCAUACUUCACUGGGGAAGAAGCACAUGGUCCGUCCUUUGCUGCGUACUGAAAUUACUCAAGUCAUUAACCGCCGUGCAUGGUAUUGAUGCUACCAAGCUAAACAACAGAAGUUUUAAGCCUGUACAAGGCCCCAUUAUUUGUGGAAGGUUGGGAUGAAGCACUACAUGAGAUAGGACGGCUGUCAUUUGCAACAGUUCUCUCCCCACAAAAUGCAGCGACGUUGCUGAAAUCUGUAGAAGAGUUUCCAGUAUUGGUAGUAGCAGGUGCUGAGGACGCACUUGUUUCUCUUAAUCAGCUCAAGCAUGGCUUCACGGCUUGUAAAUUCGAGGCUUGUUGCAGUAUCAGGGUGUGGACAUCUGCCACAUGAGGAGUGCCCAAAGGGCACUGCUUGCUGCUCUUGUACCUUUUAUUACUAGAUUGCUACCAUCGACAGACACCUUCCAAAGACGCUGAUCAAGCUACCGUUCUUUCAUGAUCAUCCAAGGUUUUGUGAUCCAAAAUAUAGUGGGCUCAAAAAAUGUUCUGCAGUACUUUCAGGAAUCAUCUUUGUUUGUGUGAGCACUAUCCUAUGCUCACCCCUCUCACCAAGAAAUUAUGCCCUACACUGCAAAACCGCCCUCUCGUUUCUUCAGAGGUGUGCCGAUAUGAGCGCUUCAUGAAUAGGGUCUAUAGGAACGAGUGCUGCGAUUGGUUGUGGCAGACUAUGUGGUGCAUGCAAUGUAGGGUAUAAUUUCUCCUAGGUUACUCGCCGUCUUGCCUAGACGGCAUGAGAUGGUUACAAUAAGUUGUCUUAUCCUGCAUCUCUGCCUCUGAUGCUGCUUCCCUGAAUGGAAAGGAGAUGAUGUGCCGUGGUUUCUAGCAACCACGAAGUGCUGAUGCCGAGAGGUUGUCUUUGCGAGAUGGGGCUGGCUUUUACUUCUUGAGGAUGAAUCGUAAAUAUCAACAGGAUAAAUUUUAUAUGUAAUAUUGAUAUAAUGUUGG